AUGCCUCCUAAGGCAGGAUUGAACGUGUGGCGCGAGUGUCGGUGCGUUCGUGUUUUUUCCUUCAAAUUUUCUUCGGAGAAUCACGUGAUCGUACGAGCGUUGGAAGGGUUUCAAAGCGUGGUUGUACGAAUCGUGGACGCUUUUUAUUCUGCUGUGCUGUGGAAUGUGGCCAGGAUUUGGUUUUUGAUAACGAGUGGUGAAGUAAUCUGUGAUCAAGAAACUAUGAAUUCCGCUGUGCGGAAAACCCGCCUCGCACCCAAGAAGGUCGAUUCGCCGUUGGCCAAAUAUCCUUUUCAAACCAAGUGUUACGAAAAUGUGCUAAACGUCGUUUCACUUGAUGCGAGGGAUUCCCCAAAAUUUUUGCUUGUCACUCAUAGCAGUCAGUUGAGUUGCAUAAUUUGCACUCAGCCUAUCAAGAAUGACCUUCUUUGGGUCGCACACAUCAAUGGGAAGAUUCACAGAGAAAACUUGGAAAAGGCGAAAAGAACGAAACAGUUACCAUCCCAGGUAGUUGCCGGCUUCAAACGGCCAGCAGAAAUCCCUGCUGCGAGAGGUAUUUUGAAGAAGCCCUGUAUUGUGGAACCGGUGAAAAGCAUUCUCAAGAAUGCCGCUCCUGAAAAACCCGAGGAGGAUGAUUCAGUUUCCGAAUCGAGUGUCGCUCAAACUUCACGGAGUUCAGAAGUGCCGUCGGACUUUUUUGACGCGAAACCCAAGCAAGACGACGCUGAAGAACCCGUCGCAGUUUUACCCAAGUCGACUCGCAUGGAAUCAGCCGAGGAGAAGGAGCCAGAGAAACCCACAGCUGCGGAAUUGAUACCCGAAGGUUUCUUCGACGACCCGCAGAAAGACGCGAAAGCGAGACACGUGGAAUACAAGGACCCGUUGGAUGAGGAAUUUGCCAAAUUCCAGAGAACUAUUCAAGAGGCGUCUGCAGAAAGUUCUGCCCUGGUUGAAGCUGACGAGGAAUUCGAAGCCGGUGAACGACAGUUGGAAGAGAUCGAUGAACAACUUCGGCAUUGGUCUAGAGUUAUUGCGUUGGAAAAGAAGAAAGAGGACUUGAAUGUGGGCACAAUGGUGAAGUUUGAGCCCGAUGAGGAAAAACCGGAGUCUGAUGAAGACGAUGAGGAUUUCGAAGAGACGGAUUUCAUUGACUGGCGUUCCAAGUGUCCAAAAAACCGCACAACUUGA